AGAUCUUUGUCAGUCGGCCGUCAAGUGAAGUUCGUGUCAUUUUCUGAUUUUAUCUUGAAUUUAUUCAUCACGUGUGCAGUGAAAGUGACGUAAAAGUGGACAGCGAAUUUCAAACUGUCUUGCAUCGAUUUACACACAGCACGACUACAUCCUGCAUGAGCGGUUUGUUGACCCAGCUUUCAGAUAGUAAGACAGAUAAGGGAGAUGGCGAGAAAAACGUCCCACUGCUGAAGAUGGCUUUGACGCCUCUUUCGUCAUCAUUGUCAUCGUCCAUCGCCUACAUCAUCCGUCGCCUCCUACUUCAGCUCACCCUUUACGGCAUACUCUUCUGCGUGUCGUGUGAUUAAGCACGAUUGGCGAGAAGUUUCCGAGUGUUUGAGCGUCUGUGACACGCGGAUGUAGAACAAAGUCGUGACUUCGUGACGAGGCAAUUUUCUUUUUUCCUUCUCUUUCGCGGAGUUUUCCCUCUCGCAAAUUCCUCUGGUUUUCACGCGGAUUAGUGGGAGAUUGCAAUCCAGUGUUUACGUCGCAGUACGGUGCCAUCAUGGGCUUGGAGAGCUUACGAGACGUAAAAGACGAAAGCAUGCAGCUGUGCUGCUCAAGGAAGGACGAGGCUGAUUCGCUGCGGUCGGGACUGGAAAAUGGAGGUACGAAAGAUCUGUUGAUGGAGAACAAUAUAGAAAAAUUUGGAUUUUACCAGAUAGUGAUGUUCACAUCUCUCAGUAUACCGUUAAUGCUAUCGGCAGGAUUUACGCUUUCUUACGUAUUUACUGCGGGCGAGGUUAAAUACAGAUGUUUAGUGCCGGAAUGCGAGCAUUCGGGGAACACGACGUUUGAACCGCCGUGGGUCAAUGCUUCUGCACCGAAAAUUGACGGGGUCAUUUCCGGUUGCGCGCGUUACACGGUGCGAGAUGAUCGCCCGGGAAUAUGCACGGAAACAUCAUUCACCAACGUCACUUGCGAUUGCGAUUCUUGGAUUUACGAUCCGCAGGAGCAUACGAUACUCAACGAGUGGGGCUUUACCUGCGACACUAAUCGAUGGAAACUCACAAUGGUGGGCACAAUGCAGAAUAUCGGUCAGUUCGUCGGCUUGAUGUUCGCUGGAUACAUAUCUGACAGGUAUGGGAGACGAACCUUUUUGACGGUGGCGACGUCUCUGUCUGGAGUCAGUGGCUUGAUACAUUCCUUCUCCGUGAAUUAUUGGAUGUUUCUCGCAUUCGAAUUCCUCGAUGCCAGCAUGGCGGCUGGAAUUUACAGCGCUGGAUUUAUUUUAGGGUUGGAGACGGCGAGAAAGAAAAACAGAGUCUUUGGAAGUACUAUAAUCUGCUGCAUGUUUGCCGUGGGUGAGAUUUUGCUGGGAUUAAUCGCAAGUUGGCUAAGAUCUUGGCGAACGCUUCUUAGGGUAAUAUACGGGCCGGGACUGUUAGCCGUCUUCCUGCCUGUGCUCAUUCCAGAAUCAAUUAGGUGGCUGCUGACAAAGGAUGAACAUGAGAAAGUGGAAAAAAUAUACCGUAAAAUGGCCCGGAUGAACGGUCUGCCAGUAACGGACGAGGCCAUCAAUACGUUUAAAGAAAUAAAUGUAGAUAAGGAGGAAACGAAAAGCAAGCUGGUGACAUCAGAUGAGAGGAAACCGAUCGUGCAAGUUCUACAUAGUUCAGUGAUACUUAUUCGACUGCUGAUUUGCUCGUUCUGCUGGCUCACGAACACGUUCGUUUAUUACGGACUGUCGUUGAAUUCCGUCGCGUUCGCUGGAGAUAAGUACAUCAAUUUCGUGCUCGUCGCGGUGGUCGAGAUACCGGCGUAUUGCCUCGCUUGGGUGCUGACCGAUCACAUUGGCCGUAAACCAACGCUCUCCGGCUCAUUCCUGCUGAGCGGAGCGUUCUGCCUUGCAAUCCAGUUCAUACCGGCAGGAUCCUGGAGUUACGGGCCUUUACUUUUAUACAUGGCUGGAAAGCUGUGCAUCACCAUGGCGUUCGCUACCGUCUACGUCUUCACGGCGGAGCUGUUCCCGACGACGCUUAGGCACUCCUUGCUCGGAAUUUGCAGUAUGACAGGCCGCGUCGGAUCAAUCUUAUCGCCGCAAACGCCUCUUUUAGCACAAAUAAUGCCGUCACUGCCGCUCAUCCUGUUCGGGUCCAUGGGCAUGAUCGCGGGCGUCCUGUCUCUGAUUUUCCCGGAAACUUUAGGGACGAAACUUCCGGAUACUGUGUGGGAGGCAGAGAGGAUCGGCAAGUCAAACGAGAUUCGCGAAAUUCCGGAUAGUACACGCCACGCCAGAGAAGCAGCGCAGGACGCUAAGACGUGUUAAGUCUCUCUUUCUCUCUCUCUCUCUCUCUCUCUCUCUCUCUAUUUAUCUCUCUUUCUCUGUUUUUCUGUCUCAAUACCGAGAGAAUACGGUGAUAGCUUUUAAAAGUUUACUGACAGCAACGGUCCCGCCAGAUAGAGAUAAGGGGGUGGUCUUCACCAGACUCGACAUUUAAAAUACGCGGAGCGCACAAUUGAUGUGGGGAGAGAAACGCAGUGAGAUCUCAUCGUACUCGCCGCAACAACGAGCGCAAUGCACGCUCGCAGAUUUUAUCUGUCGGCGAUUUGAAUAAGCACGGCAUAUUCCACCCUGUAACUGUUUACCCUCCGCCGCCGCCACCACCGCCGCACCCGUCGUCAUUUGUCUUACUCCCCCGCGUUUAUCCGCUCGCGCGCGCGGAAGAGAAGGAUUAUAAUAUCUUCCGGUGAAGUCUCAGUGUUCUCACGGUAUCUCGAAAUCUUUCGAAAUCUCCCCCGACGUGCAUGAGCAUGCAAUUCGCGAGGUGUUAAGUAGAAAUAGAUCAGAUCUCUGCCGCGCUGGUUCGUCGCAUUCAUAUGAUAUAUUUGUAUAUCUUCAUCACCCAUUACCUUUCGCUUCGUGAAUUACAAUGCUCGCACUGCAUUAAUAAUUAAAAUACCAUUCUUAACUCGGGAACAGUCCUGGAGUAUUUUUACACUCCCAGCGUUUCCUUAGGAUAAAGA